AGUUGUCCAAGAAAGCUUGUACUGAAAAGUAGAAUUCAAGUUAUAAUCAUUGUAUGACAGCUUAUGUUUCCUUGACAUAUGAUAUUCGAUCUCUUCAUAUUUAAUUUGAGGGCAAGACAACUGAUAAUUGUUUUCGUAGGUUUGCCACCUAUGAUUAUGGUUGCUUCACCCUUCCCAAUACCUCCCAAUAGGAGAAGGAACUUAUGCCUUCAAAACAUUUUCUUCACCAUCUAUCAAUCAACAACUCCUUAAUUAAUUCUUCAAGCUUUCACAGCCAUGGAGGAGGACAUGAACAUGCUCGCCGCAGACUGUGUUGUCAUAUGUUGUUGCUGCCAAUGCUUGAUCCUACAGAUUGUCAUCUUCGUCUUGCUCAAGCUUCCUUACAAGCUGGUGCGAAAGACGAGAGAAUAUGCAAGGAAGAAGCUGCGACAAAGAAAGGAAGAUAAGAAGAUAACAGGCGGAGGAAGGGAUCAGAUGGGUAAAUACAAAGAUGAUUUUGUAGGCCUAGGGUCUUUUAGCAUUCAAGUUGACAGCAGGUUGGCCAUGGAUGGAGGCCGCCAUGGUUGUGGGUCAUGUAUGGAAGAAGUUGAGAAGGUGUUAGAGGAGCUGUCCCAGAAGGGGGAGUUUGCAUUUGGAAGCUUCUGGGGUAUGAAGGGAUCAGGGAGCUUCUCAAGUUGUGAAUUUGAUCACAAUAUUAAUGCAGAGUAUCAAAUAAUUGAAAUGAUUGGCUCUUUCAACAGCCAUGCCAAAGAGCCAUUAAUACAUGAUAUAGUAGGAUCUGAAAAUUCUGGUAUUGAUGAAAUCGUCCUGGUCUCUUCUCUCGUCUCUGCUUGA